AUGAUCCUCCGCCUGCUCUUCCUCGCCCUCUGUAUCGUCGUCGUCUGCCUGCCGUGGCUCGGCGGCGUCAGCACGCCGGCCACACUCAUUGCCAUCGGGCUGCCUCACGAUCCUCCGCUGGACAGCGUCGCGAUCCCGCCUCUGGCGCCGCUGCUCGCAGAGCCGCCGCUGCGAGACGCGGUGCUGCGGACGGCGGGCGAGGGCGGCGACGGGGCGCUGUUGAGACUGCUGGCGGGCGAGGCGCGAGCCCUCGCCGUCACUGCGCCCGCCUGCCAGUGUCUGCUGAGCGGAGAGCUGCUCUCCUUCGCCGCCGACGGAUCCCUCACCGGCGCCGACCACACUGCAACAUAUGAAUGA